CUUUCUUUAACUGCUUGGACAUGUGAUAUGUCCAGCACAUCAUAUGGGAGUCAUUAGGAAGUUUAUAGAUUUGCACUUCACUUUCCAAUUUGAGCUAUGGGCGGGGGAAGGAUCUGGCAUUGGCUUGGACGAGAGGCACCAAGGGAUGACGGUGGAGACAGCAGCUAGCUUGGAUCUAACCACACUCUUCAAAUCAUGUGUGAAGACAAUCCGGACCCGCAACAAGGCGAUGGGAGUGGCUUUGCCUCAAACCAAGAUAUUUCCGCCUGCUCCAACACAUUCUUCACAGUUUUAUUCCAGAGCGAGGGAUGUGAUGAGCAACAUUGCAAGUCAUCGUAACUUACUCAAAGAUCAUAAAAAAAAGUACCUUCAGGACCAGGAUCAAACUAUGUCAGAUUAUGAACGUAGUUUCAUGGAAAAAGUGGUGACCACAAAUCUGCGUAUCAUUGAUGACAACAUCCAUAGUCUGAAUAUUGAGCUCCAGGGUGAAAAGCUCGGGUCCAAAGAUGCUCGUGAAUGUCAAGAAAAUAUACUGGCCAUAUUGAGGUUAAAAUUCCAAGAAACAAAUUCCACUUUCAAACAUAUGAAAGAGCAAAGAAGAAAAAAAGAAAAAGAAAAAGACAACUUGUUCCGUGUGCAGCGACCAGUUGGGUCUAAAAAACAGCCUAGCAGUGGCUCGGAUGACUCUCACAGGACCCCACAGCUGGCUCAGCUUGGAAGAAAAGAACUUAGUCAGGAUACCUGCAAAGGUUCACAUCCUGAGUCUUGGAGUCAUUCAACUGAUAGCCAAAGCACAGACCACUUUAAUGGUGAGAGCCUUGAACAUAAUGGCAAAAAAGAAGUGCAAACAACUGAAAACAAAACAGUGGGUAAUGGAACAACAGAUCUUGAGAAAACUCGAUCUUCAACUUCCUUGUUUGAGGAAGAAAUGGAGAGAAUGAGCGGGGAUCUGAGUGCUGAAGAAAGGCAGAUGCUGGAAGAAGAAAAUGCUCACCUUUACAAAGAAGUGAUGUCAAACCACGAAGAAGUACGUCAGAUCACCCGACAGGUGGUGGAGCUGAGCCAAAUGCAAGACCUCUUCUCGGAAAAUGUUGAUCUCCAAGCUCACCAAAUUGAGGAGAACCAGGAAACUAUAAUGGCAUCGACUGAAAAUGUUCGUUCUGGUAAUGAGCAAGUUCGUGAAGCUAUGCGGAAGGAUGCUGGAUUUCGAGUAUGGAUAAUGUUCUUCCUGAUUGUAAUGUCAUGCACAAUCCUUUUCUUGGAUUGGUACAAUGGGUGAGAAUGUGAAAUGAAACACAGCAGAUAUGAUAAAUUAUUUGCACACUGUACCUCAUUCUGUGAAUGAAUAGAUUGCAAAAUUUUGAGUAUGAAAAUGUGAAGUGGAUUAAAAAGGUAUAAGAAAGUGGAAUAUUUAUAUUUCAACUUGCCUCUGAAACGACCAAAAUCUUUCUUACUAAGUCUUAGUGUUGUACAAGCAUCUUGAAAUUAUCACCAUUACCUACAGUAUCAUUAUGCCUUUCCCAUGUCUCACACUCAAGGGGUAGAGGCGCAUUAGCUACUUUCUCCUCCCUUAAAAAAGUGAAAAGCAAAAGAAGGUUAUAGAUAAUAAAAAAUAUAACAAUUACUUGAUCAUUCGAUUGGGUUGGACGGUAGAGCGACGGUCUCGCUUCUUGCAGGUCGGCGUUCAAUCCCCGACCGCCCAGGUGGUUGGACACCAUUCCUUAUCCCCGUCCCAUCCCAAAUCCUUAUCCUGACCCCUUCCAAGUGCUAUAUAGUUGUAUUGGCUUGGUGCUUUCCCCUGAUAAUUCCUUCUUUCCUUGAUCAUUCACAAUGCAUCAGAGAUAAACAAGCUUUUUCACACUUCAGCAGUUGUCUACAGCACCAAAUUUUACUUCUACUAGCUUCAUUUUCUCCCAUGAUGUUUACACUGUUUUCCUGAAAGAUCGUUCUACAUUUUACCCUUUCAGCAUCAUAUUGAGAACAUCUUCACUUUAUUCAUUAUCUUGCAUUUAUCAUUCACUGUCCUUGUGUCUCAUCUGUAUGAAGUUUAACUGAAGUGAACUCUUAUUUGUUGCAAUAAUGAGAGUAAAACAUCAUAGGAAAAGGACAAUUAAUAUAAUUAUUUCUGAUUUUUCCCCGAGGGCAAACUUUUGAACUGGCUUGUUUAUUUGAAAUCUCAUUUUAAUCAUGCAGUGCAAUAUAACAAUCUAGCUUGAAGUUUUCUUUUGAUAAUUACUCAUACAAGUAUCCACUCAGUUUAAAGGUCUUUGAUUUUGCAUCCCCAGUGGACUUAACAACCAAUUUUGAGACCAAUAUCUGGAUCCUUAUUUACUGAGUGAAUGUCCAGUAAAGAGGGUUAAUGGUUGAUAUUGAAUUUACUGAACUUACCACUGGGUAAAAGGUAGCUGUUAUUGGGUUUGUAUAAACAAUUUUGCCUUUACACACAGAAAUCACAAUAGCGUGAUGCAUCAAAUGAACAAAUUCAGUAAGUUCCAGAUCCAAUAAGUAAAGUAGAACUUCGGUUUCAACUCUUUUGACCAUGUCGUAGCUCAGUCGAUUAAGGCAGCAUCUGGGAUGCUCCCGGACGCAGGUUCGAAUCCUCGUCACGGCCCUUGUGUUUUUGUUUGUUAAUUUUGUUAAUCUCAUGUAGGUUGUUAAAUCGAGUGGAUUCUUGUAAUUAUAUUGCAUUAAUUUCCUUGCAUGGUUUAUGUGUGUAGAAGUGCUGAGAGUAAUGGUGCUAUUUAUGGUGCAGUAAUUUCUUAUCAAGAAUCUAGUGAAUAACAGGAAGAUUUGUUUAAGACAAUUUUAAGGUAAAUUCAGAGACCAAGGAGAAGAAGAAAAAACAGGUAAGAUGAAGUACUUUGAGAAGGAAGUACAGUAUUUAAUUUUGCAAUAUAGGUGUUUCAAAUGUCUGGAGACAUGAAAUAUGGCUAGCUCUUCAAAUGACUGACUGACUUCCUCAAUGUAGUCAUUUUUCCCCUUGACAGGAUCCUUGGUGAAUCCAAUACCUUUGACAUUGCUCAACUUGUGUCUUUUUGCUCUAGUAUUGACAUCCUGAGUGAUAUUUAGAACCUUUGGAAUAUCUCAUGACACAAACUGUGGUAAACAGGCUUUCCAGCUUGGUGGUACCUUUUAUUAAUUGCUUACGAGAACUAUGUCAAAAUUCUAGCCUCAUUUAAUUCUUCACUUCUUUAACAACAGGUCAUCAGGGUUUGUUUACCCUCCAAAGGGCUAGUGAAAUGCCAUAUAUACUGUAUGUUGAUAAGUAUGACAACAUAUGACUGAAAAGGAUUAAUAGUUCUUAGUCUACUUAAUCCAAAUAUGGGGUAGCCAUGGGCCUGUUUAAUGGUCUGUUGAGAUUAGCCUUACUUCUCUAGAUUUUUAUUUGUUGGGAUAUUUAAGAUCCGUUGAAAGGAAGACUUUAAAGAUACAAAGAAUUUCAGCACACAAUAUUUGUGUUAAAAAGAUCCUGUAGUCUGAAGAAGCUUGCUGUAUGAUGGCUCUCAAACAUUUAUUUAUAAACUGUUAUUAAAAACAAAAGGAUUUUAGCAAUAUGUUUAUACUGCAUGUAGGUGAUGUUAAAUUUGUCUUAGGUGUUCUCUUUAUUAUUAUGAUGCAGAAAUGUUAAGACAAAAGCACACCAUAGAAAAUAAAAUGCCAAACAUUA